AUGGGUAAUCUCAUCUGGAACGAAUUGAGUCGCUACAUCGCCUUGGUAGCAAGUGCAUAUGCUGUCUGGGCGAGCUUCUGGGGCUUUUACUUCCGCAAGUUCUUCUGGGAUUUCAUCGGUGGCAUCCUCCGCAAUCCUGGUGGACUGCAGCCGUCUCCAAAGGUUUCUUUCUUCAUCACAAUCAUCGUCAAGGUUCCGGUCGUUCAAAUUCUCACCAUGAUUCUCGGCUUUACGAUGAUCGCUUUGGAGUAUCCUUUACCUCGGCUCAGGGGAACGGCACUACAACGCAGUAUGCCUUUAAAAGUCGUGCUACUUUUCUUUCAGGCCUUUUUAGCGGUGCUUUUCUAUCAGGUAAUACCUCACUGCUUCGAUACCGCCCUCUCUUCAGGCGAUCUACUCUUCUUCCCAUCGACCGCCCAUACUCACAAGGAAGAUGGUAUCGAGUUCGAGAUUCGGGUGUGUCCUGCAUUGCAGAAGAAACCGACCAACCCCGCUCCUACUGUGGACACAGGUAUCGCGCUCGCCAACCACCCAAGCGAGGAAGUAAGGAAACUCGAUCCUUUUGCCCCUCCAUACGUCCCUAAUAUACUACUGGGAACUCUGCAAGACGAGAACAACGAUGCAGACUAUGUCGUCCUUCUGAACAAAUAUUCCGUCGUUCCCCACCAUUUCGUUAUGGUGACGAAAGAAUUUCGCGCACAAACAUCCCCACUAAUGCCCCCUGACCUGGUGCAAGCCUAUCUACUUCUUCUCGCCGCUCGCAAGGCGAACAAGCGCUACAUGGCCUUUUAUAACUGCGGAAAGAACAGCGGUGCUAGUCAGCCACAUAAACACCUACAGUUCAUUCCAGUGGAUGAUGGCGGCCCACCGAUCGAGCGGCUGGCAAGAAAAGCAAAGCUAGAAGUAUCGGGGAGGCCAUUCUCUAUAUCAUCUUUACCAUACGCGAAUCACGUCUUCCGAUUCCCUGUCCCACUCAGUGAUUCGAGUCCUGAUCAGCUAGAAGAACUCAUAUUCCCUCCCUUCCUCUCCCUCCUCGAUCUCGUCAUCUCCACCGUUCGACAUGACCCCACAUACCCAUCAGGAACGCCAUCGUAUAAUGUGAUUCUUACACUGGAGCACAUGCAUUUGAUCCCACGCCGAUUGGAAUUUCACACUAUACCAGAAAUUGGCAUGGAAGUGAGCGUCAAUUCUCUUGGGUUUGCAGGGAUGCUCCUGGUGAAAGGCGACGAAGAGUUGGAAGCUGUGAAGAAGGAGGGGGUUAGUCGUAUAUUAAAAGGAGUUGGUGUGGAAAGUGUUCAUGAUCUACAAGUGACUGGGACUUCGUUUGAAGUGGUCCCACAAGACUCAGAGGACCUCUAA